AUGUCGCUGCCUCAAGAAAAAGACGUGAAGAAUGCUUCCGUCGUCCGGCAUAGCAACGAAGAAUCGCCAGUUCGUUCCAAGGACUCCGAUCAUGAAACCACCAAUGGCGCAAAUUAUACGGAGUCCAAGAGGACAUGGAAAUCCUUCUUCUGGUCAACCCUGGAUGUCCCUAAAGAGGAGGCCAGAUUUCUAACCAAGCUCGAUUUGACGCUCAUCUCUUCCUCUGCUUUGGGAGUGAUGUGUCGCUAUUUGGACCAAGUCAACAUCACCAACGCGUUCAACAGCGGUAUGAAAGAAGACCUCGCACUCUAUGGGAAAGAGCUCAACUACGCCAACGCUAUCUGGAGUGCGGCCUAUGUGUUUGGUCAAAUUCCAUCCAACUUGCUUCUCACCCGUGUCAAUGCGCCUCUUUACAUCGCCUUCCUUGAGUUAUCAUGGACCGUCUUCACCUUCGCUACCGCUGGUGUCAAGGAUGUCAACCAGCUCUAUGUCUUCCGCUUCUUGAUAUUCACCGAGAAGGAGGUCGAGUUGGCUCGUGCCAGAAUGCCUAGCGAGGUUCGACCGAUGACUGGACUUUUCAAAUGGAAGGACGUCAAACGAUGGCAUACCACCUGGCACGUCUAUCUAUUGAUUUUCUGGGUGAAGAGCUACAACGUUACCGGAAAACCUCCAGUGUUUUCAGUUGCCGAAAUCAACAUCAUCCCUCUCGGCGUGCAUCUAACCGCUCUCUCCGGCACGUGUGCCGGAAUCACCUGGACCUGGGUGAACGAGACCAGCAGACAUGAUCCAGAAAAGCGAGCGUACACCUCUGCCUUGUGGGCCGAAGCUAACACGUGGAUGUUCGUUGUCAGAUGA